AUCAAACCUCACACACACACCGUAACCACACGUCAGAAAGCCUGGACCAAUAAACCGAGCCGGCAAUUCAGAUUUUUGGUUAGAUAGUACUAGGAUUGAACGCGCGAAGUUGUUGAUAAUAUUGUAAAGUGUAAAUACGAGUUUAAUCGCGCAUUUAUCUGUGGUUUAUAAAAAUCUAUGCACUUUUAAGAUUUUUGUAACAAGUUUGUAGCACGUGAUAGCAGUGUCCAUAACUGGAAAUAAAGUUUACGUGUAGAUAUUCGAGAAGAUAUUUCUUAAGCAACAAUAAUGACUAAAAUAUUUACUUACCGCAGUUACGAUCAGUUAUCAAAAACAAUUUCAAAUAUUUUAGCAUAAUCCCAGACACAAGCCAUGGUACAAGUACAUAACAGUGGAGCCUCCCAUGUUUUUCUACAUGAUGGCUUUCAUGAUCACGUCAGUCAUCGAACAAACAUUUUAUGUUUACAAAGCAUGCACAGUAAAUCAUGGCUACAGCAGUGAAAUAUGUUACAAUAUUAGCAACUAUGAGGAUAUAAAUAAUGAAGUUCAGUUAACAAUUUCGACAUUCCACCAAUGGAAUGGAGUGGCUGGUCACAUUGUGCCUGUGUUUCUUGCAUUUUUCUUGGGUUCAUACAGUGACAAACGGGGCCGGAAGUCUAUACUGCUGGCAGGCUUGCUGGGAAAACUUUAUUUCUCUGCUAUGAUUACCUUAAAUACAAUAAAAGAUUGGCCAGUAGAAUAUGUGAUAUAUACAGCUGCAUUCCCAAGUGCCAUUACUGGAGCAGAUUUGGCAAUUUUCGCCGGCUGCUUCGCAUACAUUGCUGACGUUACGUCUGUGAAAAACAGGACGCUUAGGGUCGGCAUACUAGAUGUAGUUUACUUGAGUACCAUGCCCACUGGUGUCGCUAUAGGUAAUGUUUUAUACAAAAAUGUCGUGAACAAGUCGUUCACCGCAAUGUUUGCCAUCAACACUUGCCUGAUGGUACUGGCGACGCUGCAUUGUCUCAUAUUCCUCGAAUGGCAAACAAGGCCCGAACAAAAAUCUCUCAGAGAAGCCAACGUGAAGAAUCCCAUUACUGAUUUCUUUGAUGUCAAAAAUAUAAAGCAGACAUUAGUUACUUUGACCAAGAAGAGAAAUAAUAACAAAAGGAUAUUUUUAUGGAUAUUACUUGUUUCAAUGGCGUUUUACACGUUCCAAAGAGAUGAACGCCCUAUGAUGUAUCUGUACACCACGAAAGUUUUCAAAUGGGAUGCAUCAGAUUUCAGUAAUUUUAGAACAUUUCUGAGCUCAUCCUACGUCUUGGCCAUGUUGUUUGGCAUUCCGAUUAUGACCAAGCUAUUCAAGUGGCGCGACACGCUCAUAGUUAUGAUCGGCGCAUCGGCACACAUUGUCGGGCACUUCAUAUACGCACACGCAACCGUCGAAAAACUCUUGUAUGUCGGCGGAGCGGCGGCGGCUUUGGGGCCAUGUGUGGCGCCUCUGAUUCGAUCUAUGAUGUCCAAGGUGUUACCCACAGCUGAAAGAGGUGUUGCAUAUGCGUUCCUGUCGGUUAUGGAGAAUGCAGUAGCCAUGUUCGCGUCCAUCAUAUACUCUCAAGUGUACAAAGCUACAUUCAAUACGAAUUACAUUAACACCAUAUUCUAUUUCACUAUGUCAACGCAAACCGUCGUAUUUCUGCUAACUUUAACUAUGGAGAUAAUGUUGAAGGGAAAACCAUUAAACACACUUGUGGAUCAGGAAGAAAAUACUAUAAGUAAAAUUGAAAAAGAAAAUGACGAGUCCUGACAUUUUAACACAUAUUUUAAUUGAUUAUAUCUUAUCCAUGUAAUAUAACGAGUUACAAUACGAUAAAAGUAUAUAAUA